AUGUAUUUAAAAAAAUUUGCAUCUCUCUCUCUCUCUCUCUUUCUUUCUUUCUUUCUUUCUUUUUCUUUUCAUUAUCAACUAAAAAGAUUUUGUAACUCCCUUUGUCUUUCUAUUUUGAUUCUCUACUUCUCUCGUUGUCUCUCUCAUCAAUGUAUUAAUAAAAAAAUUUGCAUCUCUCUCUCUCUCUCUCUCUCUCUCUUUCUUUCUUUCUUUCAUUAUCAACUAAAAAGAUUUUGUAACUCCCUUUGUCUUUCUAUUUUGAUUCUCUACCUCUCUCGUUGUCUCUCUCAUCAAUGUAUUAAUAAAAAAAAUUUGCAUCUCUCUCUCUCUCUCUCUCUCUUUCUUUCUUUCUUUCAUUAUCAACUAAAAAGAUUUUUAAAAAAAUUUGCAUCUCUCUCUCUCUCUCUCUCUUUCUUUCUUUCUUUCUUUCUUUCUUUCUUUCAUUAUCAACUAAAAAGAUUUUGUAACUCCCUUUGUCUUUCUAUUUUGAUUCUCUCUACCUCUCUCGUUGUCUCUCUCAUCAAUGUAUUAAGUAAAAAAAAAUCUCUCUCUCUCUCUCUCUCUCUUUCUUUUUUUCUUUCAUUAUCAACUAAAAAGAUUUUUUUUGCAUCUCUCUCUCUCUCUCUCUCUCUUUCUUUCUUUCUUUCUUUCAUUAUCAACUAA